UCACUUGACAGUCGUAGGAUCCAUAAACAAGAAGGAAACGGGGAAUAUAGCUUUUAACACCUCAAAAACCAAAACAAAGACAGUCACAUCGGAUGGAUUCGUAAAGGAUGUGGAUUAUACAUGUAUGGUACAUUGUAUUUUACUGAAAAUGGAUUACUCUUGACAAAAUUCAGCAUAGCUCAUACAGACCUGCGGUUAUCGACUACGUGCCUGCCAUCUUGAAAAGACACAGGGGGUUCAUUCAAUCAUGUUUCAUCCCCAAGAGAGGUCCCCUCAGUUGGGCAGCAUGGAGCCUGGAGCACUCAGGCAUGAUGUUGUGGGUGAGAAUGAGGCUCUUCACCAGUUCUUUAAUGGUGAAGACGUAAGUGGAGUACUGAGCAGUUCUGUUUCUGUAGAUACAAGCAUCCUUGAACAGUAUCUCAGUGCUGAUAUGUGCCCCAACAACUUCAUACUCCCUGAAUCUCCUCCUGAUUCAGGUUCAGAGGCCUUUUCUCCUGCACAAAUGCCUGAAUGCGUCUACAAGCCUUCACAUUGGUCAAACCCACAGAUGUUUGAGUCUGGGCAUGUCUCUUCAUCAUGUCGAUUUAAGGAUUCAUCUGUCUCGACAUCUGAACCUCUGACACAUGAACAGCUACGAAACAUGGGUCUAACAAACAUUAACAUCAAACCUGGGACCCCCCCUGCUCCUCCUGCUCAUAAACAUCACCACAUACAACAGUCUCUCAGACAAAUGCACUCUUUACCACCAAGAGGCUGUUUGCAAGGAUAUACCCCUCCUACUCCCCCAUCACCACCUCUCUGUUCCCAAUAUCGUACACCAGGCCCUGAAAAGGAACCCUGUCUGUCCACUUCGUCUUAUUCUCAAGCAUCUACCUCCCUCUCACACAGCUGUUCUCAAGAAAGUAGAAAAAGGAGAAGAUCAGACUGUGAAGACAUGUCAGGACCUAAAGCACCAUAUGAAGUUAACAUCAGUAGCAAUGCCAGCAUGAGCAGCAGCACCGCUGGUUUAAGUAAUGGGUCAUACAGCUCAUUAACAUGGGAGCAGUACAAUCCAGGACAGUGGAGCACUUUGUUAGACCGCAGCUAUCAGCCUCUAUCACCUCUGGUCUACCAUGUUGAUGCAGAUAAAGGCUUCACCUACUCGACGGCAGAUGAUGUUUUUGUUUGUCAGAAGAAGAACCACUUCCAGGUCACAGUCCACAUUGGGGUUACAGGAGACCCCCACUAUGUCAUGACGAACAAUGGGUCACAGGAAGUCAACCACUUUGAAAUUAAAGUUUUUGGAGUCAAGUUGGAAGAUCCCAGUCACCACGUGCUGAUUGAGCAAUCACAGUCGGACCGCAGCAAAAAGCCUUUUUAUCCUGUCAGAGUCAGUCUGCCAAGCAGAAAAAUGACCAAGGUGACGCUUGGACGACUACACUUUAGUGAGACAACUGCCAAUAACAUAAGAAAAAAAGGCAAACCAAACCCAGAUCAGAGAUAUUUCCAAAUGGUUGUUGGUUUGUAUGCUGCUGUGAAAGAAGAAACAUUAUUACUGGCUGCACUGGUAUCAGAGAGAAUCAUUGUCAGGGCGUCUAACCCAGGUCAGUUUGAGACGGAGGGAGACGCCAUGUGGCAGCGAGGGGUAGUGCAGGACUCUGUGGUAUGUCAGGGGCAUGUGGGCAUUAACACAGACUCUCCUGAUGAAGCACUGGUUGUAUGUGGAAAUGCCAAAGUGAUGGGCACAAUCCUGCAACCAUCAGAUCAGCGUGCCAAGCACAACAUACAGGAGGUCGACUCUGAACAACAACUGAAACGAAUCACUCAAAUGAGGCUAGUGGAAUUUGAUUACAAACCAGAGUUCGCCUCAACAAUGGGAAUAGAUCAAGCUCACCAAACAGGUGUAAUAGCUCAAGAGGUAAAGGAGCUCCUUCCAUCUGCAGUUAGAGAAGUUGGAGAUGUCACUUGCUCAGAUGGAGAAAAAAUAGACAAUUUUCUUAUGGUGGACAAGGAGCAAAUUUUUAUAGAAAAUAUUGGUGCUGUACAGCAACUGUCAAAGCUCACAAACAACCUGGAGACAAGGAUUCAAGACCUGGAGGUUUGGAACCAGCGACUGGGCAAGCUUAAGAACCUCACAGGCAGCCUCCGCUCAAGCAGAAAAAAUAGCACUGGUUCUACAACACUGACUACUGUGUCAUCUAAAGCUCAAAAAACAAAGAAAGAUGGCAAGUCACACAAGUACAAUCACUGUUUACAGCACAGAAUCUUUCAGGCCAGCAUCUUCACACUUCUGGCUACUCUGGCAUUUUGCAUGAUCUCUAUCACUGCUCUGUACUUGGUAACUUUGGAGGAGGACACAGACACCACCCAUGAUCACAGUAAUUCAAGCUUAAUCCCUCCAUCAAGUACUACCUGGACAAGCACAGCACAACCAACAAGUUCCCCUGGAUUUUGGCCACCAGAGGUGGACUUCUGUGACAUCCUGUACUGUGACCAGGUGUACUGUUGCCCCUCAUACCGAGGGGGAAACACUGGCUUCAGUAUCACUCUUCAUGACGGAUGGGAAGAAAAGUACAAUUUAACAAAUACAGGAAUACAAUAUUUUUAUAAUCAGCUGAAAAGUGCCAAAGACUGGACAAAUACAACCAUUCAACACUUCAUGAUCAAGGAAAAUCAACAGACUAUUGACAGUAAAUAUUGUCUUAGAGAUGAAUGUGGGCCAAGCAGGUUUGUCUACAGAAUUCCCAUUAGCCAGUUUGUGCCUGGUAACAUGAGGAUCACUCUGCUCAUGAAUUCUACAGAGCUUCUAGUGGUUCAUCUUUGUUAUUAUGACGAGUCAGCAGCCUGCACAUCUCGACUGGAUAUAAACACUGUGACUGGGAGCCAGUAUCCUUCAAAUACCCAAGGAGUGCAUGAAUGGCCUCUUCAUGUGGCCCGUCUGUAUCACAGCUCAUAUCACUUCCGAUCAUCAGUUGCGGGCCAGGCAGACUGCAGUACUGACCAUCAUUAUGCAGGGGUGCUGUUUACUGACUACCAUUUCCACUUCUAUAGACGCUGCACUGAUUAA